AUGGCAAUCGCGGGCGGGGCCGCCGUGGGUGUGGCCAAGGCGCAGCAGGGGGCGUGGCGGGCGCUGCCGGAGUCGGACGGGGUGGGGCUCGCGCGGAGGGGCGUGACCAGAUCCGGCGUGGGGGCGUGGCCAGCGCCCCGGCGCGUGGAGGGGGCGGGGCGUGUCGGCGCCUGCGCGCGCGGCGCUUCCGUCGCGGCCUGCGGCGAGCGGAGGCCGGAGCCGGGGCCCAGCCGCCGCCGCACGGACGACGCCACCAUGGCCAGCUCCCCCGUGUCCCGCGUGGUCUACAACGGCAAGCGCAGCGGCGGCCCGCGCUCCCCCGGCAGCGGCAGCGAGAUCUUCACGCCGGCGCACGAGGAGAACGUGCGCUUCAUCUACGAGGCCUGGCAGUGCGUGGAGCGCGACCUGCGCGGCCAGAUGGGCUCGGAGCGCGGCCUGGUGGAGGAGUACGUGGAGAAGAUGCCCAACCCCAGCCUCAAAGCGUUUAAACCCGUCGACUUGGGCGAUCUGAAGAGGAGGAGCACACAGGAUGCCAAGAAGUCCUAAGGCAGGUCGUCCCUGUGGAUUCGACUGGUCUCCUAAGGUCCUCGAGCAGAUUUGAGAUUUUUUUGUGUGUUUUUGUUUUUUUGUGUGUGUGUGUGGUUUUUUUUUCCUCCUCUGUUCUGUCCUCUGCCCUGGGAAAGCUGAUCAGCUUUGGGGCUGGCUCUGAAGCUGCCUGAAUUCAAAGAUGUGGGGGGCUCCCUGAGGGUUCCCGGAGCCCCCUGUAGCAGAUCCCUGUCCCUUUCCCGUAGCUUUCUGUGGCCUCGAGCUGUCCCUCCCCGUUUGGCGCCAGGCUCGCAGCUCCCUCGCUCUCCGUGCGCCUCCAUCCCCGGUGCUCGGGCUUGCCGGGGCCCGGCAGGGCAGAGCGGGGACUGUGCUAGGUCUCUGCUCCCUUCUGGGCGCCCAGGGCCCGCCGAGGCUGGAGCUGGUGAAGGAGAGCGGGUUCCUUCCCGUGCCUUGCACAGAAAGGCAGCCCAGGUGCAAUAGCAGCUCGCGGGGCGGCCCUGCUUGCGAGUGACACUGUGCCUGUUCUCUGCUCCCCUGUGGGCGGCCUUAGCUGGCACCUGGGUGGGCAGUGCUGGGCAUGAGGCGGUGCUGACAAAGCUCCUGGUUCUGUAGCGGAGGCCACGUUUUCCUUGUGCUUGCACCGGGCAGAUCCCCGAGGUGCUGGAGCUGCUCCUCUCCCUGCGGAUGGAGAGACGUGUGUCAGCACUGGCCCCAACCCCGGGCAUCCGAUCCCUGCUCCGGUGGGCCCGGGGCUGGUGUUGCCCCCAGACCUGGGCACUCCAGCCGCCCCAUGGGGGUGGCAGGGGGUUGGUCAGUGCUGACUCUCCUAGUGAAAGAAGCUGC